GCGAGGUAGACACACCACUCAGUAAGGUCAGAGAUUUGUUGAGAAAUUUUUAGGGUGUGUUGGGACACCACAGGUAGAGAUAAAAUACAGGUCUAAGGCAACAGGUGCAGCCAUAUUCUUCAGUGCCACACCAAAUUUUAUGAUUUGACCACCCUUGGAGUGUAUAAAGGCUGGGACUGAUUUAAGUCUAAAUAAUUCAACGGAAAGAGCAACCCAGGCAGAGUUUUAAAGCCCACUUCAGGUGUUGUUGGUCCUGUCAGGAGCUGUCGAAGCAUCAGCGUUAGAAUGUGUUCAGGUGGAUUUGCCAAAUGUCUGGGGAUCUCUCUGAUGCCCCUGUCCAUCGUGUGUGUGCUGUGCAACAUCCUGCUCUUCUUCCCCGGCGGAAAGCCGGAGGACAGCGAACACAUUACAGAACAGGUCUGGUACUUUGGAGGCAUUCUGGGAUCUGGAGUGCUGAUGAUCUUCCCAGCUCUGGUGUUCCUGGGUCUGAAAAACAAUGACUGCUGCGGUUGCUGCGGCAAUGAAAGCUGUGGGCGAAGAUUUGCGAUGUUGAGUUCCAUACUGUUUGCAGGUGUUGGUGUUUUAGGUGCCGGUUACUCAGUUAUAGUUUCUGCAGUGGCCAUCAACCAUGGACCUAAAUGUCUCUUUGAAGAAGGCAACACAACGGACUGGGGCUAUCCCUUCUCUAAUGGAAACUACCUGGGCAACUCAUCUUUGUGGGAAGCAUGUCAAGAGCCAAAAGGUGUGGUGAACUGGCAUCUGUCUCUGUUCUCUGUGCUGCUGGUCAUGGGUCUAAUCCAGGUGGCGCUGUGUGCUGUGCAGGUGAUAAAUGGCCUGCUGGGAGCUCUGUGUGGGGACUGCUGUGGCUGCUGUGGAGGGAGCGAUGGUGCCGCCUGAACACUUCAUGUGGCUGAAGGCAGCUGACUUUCCUGUAUUUAUUCUGGCUCUCGAUGAUCUGAUUCUUACUUUAAACUAAAUGCUGUGGCUGAAAUAUUUUGCAAAAGAGCUCAUUGAUCACAGUGUGGACUUAUCUGAAAACACUGUGGAAAUGGAUAUGAACUUUUUAUGGGUUUCCUAUUAACUUCUCAAUGACCCUGGAUGAGUCUGUUUUCUUAUUAUUAAAUCUGAAUGUGCUACGCUGCAAAUAAUUUCCAACACUAACUGCUGGAGUCCCUGAUCACCUCCUGCUGUAUGCAUUUACUCAUUCUGUGGAGUUAAACCUGCUUUGAUAAGAAAAUAUAUUUUAUGUAUAAAUAGAAAAUGAGGUCAUUGGACGACGGAUUUUAUUUUUUCUAUAUUUUUUCUUGUGUGGUCAAACCUAAAUAAAUGUAACUCCUUAAAACACCUUAUUUUAUAGAAAAGGAGGGGUUUUUUUUCUUGGGAUAAGAUAUUUUGUUGUUUGACUGCCUCCUGCUGGGGAGGCUGUAAAAUAAACCUACACUUGGCUAAAAAUAAUAAUACAUCUUCCAGAGAGUGGUGUUACUAAAAGACUUGUUCUGUUUCUUAAAUCUUUUAUAUGUUAUUACUACAGUUACUGCUUUCAACCCAAAUUACUCACUAUGGGUGUUUUUCCCCCUUCUUUUUGAUACAAUUGUAAGUCUUCUCAUGAGACUUUAAAUUGUCUGA